GUGUCAUCCGUCUGACUCGAAGUUUUGGAGCGCGCGCUGGCGGUCGGUCACCGUGAUGAAGUCUCCGGUUGUUCUCGCGCUGGUUCCUCUGUUCCUCAGCCUCAGUUCUGCUCAGCUGAGAGGUCUGUUUCCUGCUGUGUUAAAUCUGGCCUCGAUGGCUGAGAUCAGUGCGAACGCGACGUGUGGAGAGAAUGGAGCUGAGAUGUACUGCAAGCUGGUGGAACACGUCCCGGGACAACCGGUUCGAAACCCUCAGUGCAGAGUGUGUAACCUGAGGAGCGAGAGACCCUACGAGCGUCACCCGAUCGAGUUCGCCAUCGACGGCACCAACCGGUGGUGGCAGAGUCCGAGCAUAAAGAACGGCAUGGACUACCAUUACGUCACCAUCACCCUCGACUUACAGCAGGUGUUCCAGAUCGCAUACGUCAUCCUGAAGGCUGCAAAUUCUCCUCGGCCUGGAAACUGGGUCCUGGAACGAUCUUUGGAUGGAGAAACCUUCACGCCAUGGCAGUACUUCGCCAUCACAGAUACAGAGUGCAUCACUCGCUUCAACAUCAUCCCAAGAACCGGACCACCAGCAUACAAGCAUGACGAUGAGGUCAUCUGUACAUCAUUUUACUCCAAAAUCCACCCGCUGGAGAACGGAGAGAUCCACACGUCUCUGAUUAACGGGCGUCCGAGCGCUGAAGAUCCGUCUCCGACUCUGCUCAGCUUCACCUCCGCGCGCUACAUCCGCCUCCGGUUUCUACGGAUACGGACGCUGAACGCCGACCUCAUGACCUUGGCUCAGAACGACCCCCAGUCCGUCGACCCCAUCGUCACCAGACGGUAUUAUUACUCCAUUAAGGACAUCUCGGUCGGAGGGAUGUGCAUCUGCUACGGUCACGCCAAAGCCUGUCCCCUCAACCCCAACACCAAGAAACUGAGCUGUGAGUGUGAGCACAACACGUGUGGAGAAAGCUGCGACCGAUGCUGUCCUGGUUACAACCAGAAGCCCUGGAUGGCUGGAACCUUCCUCACACGCCACGUCUGUGAGAAAUGUAACUGUCACAGUAAAUCAGACGAGUGUUUCUACAACCAAACCGUUGCUGAAAUGAACCUGAGUUUGAACAUUCAUGGUGAAUACAAAGGAGGUGGAGUCUGCCUCGGUUGCUCCGACAACACAGCUGGAAUUAACUGCCAGUCAUGCGUGGAAGGCUUCUAUCGACCACGUGACGUGAGCCCAGAUGACCUCCGACCCUGCAGACCCUGCGCAUGCGACUCGAGAGGCUCCGUCUCCACAGUCUGCGUACCGGAUGAUCAUCAGGCCACUGAAGGGCAGUCUGCAGGAUGGUGUCACUGUAAGCAGGGCUACGCAGGGGAGAAGUGUGACAGAUGUGCUUUCGGCUACAGAGGUUUUCCUGAGUGUCGGCGCUGCAACUGUAGUGCUGAGGGCAGCGUGAAUACGGACCCGUGCCAGCUACCGUGUGUGUGUAAGGAGAAUGUAGAAGGAGAGAGCUGUGAGCGGUGUAAAGAGGGAUAUUAUAAUCUCCAUGGUGACCGUUCCAGCGGCUGUGAGAAGUGUUACUGCUCCGGAGUCUCCAGCGUGUGGGAGUCACAGUGGGAACACACCAAUAUCAUACAAAUGUCCCGAUGGUAUUUAUCAGGCUCAGGAGGGGAGGGGCGAGUAUGGGCGGUCCCUGAUACAGCCACGCCCCUUACAGUAACAGUGAACUACACAGAAGCUCAAGCUCUCUUGACUCCGCCUUAUUACUGGAACGCUCCACCCUCUUACCUAGGGAACAAGAUCUUGGCAUAUGGAGGUUAUCUGACAUAUACGAUUUCCUGUACCAGAGACGAGCUACAGGAAAUACACCAAGGCUUUAAUGUCAUUAUAGAGGGCGGUGGCCUGCGUUUGACAGACAGGCGCUCGGAGGCGGUUCCUGCGCUGGGAUUGGUCGGGGUGGUGAGGAGGAAGGUUCCUUUGAGAGCUGAGAAUUUUCGACACUUUGACUCGAAUGCUGCAGUCAGUAAGAGUGACAUCAUCAGUGUACUGCUGAAAGUCACACACCUCAGAGUGAGAGCAGCACACUGUCAACUACACAGUCUGUCCUCGGUCAGUAUGGAAGUCGCUUCUGCAGACUCUCGUUCUGGUGUUCAGGCGCGAGCGGUGGAGGUGUGUGUGUGUCCUCACGGUUACACCGGCACUUCCUGUGAGAUGUGUAUCGAAGGCUACAGGAGGGUUAAUGGGACCCUACACCAGGGUGUGUGUGAGCUCUGCCGUUGCCACGGACACGCAUCACGUUGCGAUGAAAACACCGGACACUGUCUGGGAUGUGAACACAACACCAUGGGCCCACACUGUGACCUAUGCUCACCCGGUUACUAUGGCGAUGCCACCAGAGGAACCUCACAUGACUGCCGGCCAUGCGCUUGUCCUCUACAGGAACCUUCCAACAACUUCAGUCCGACGUGCCACCUGGGUGAGGACGGAGAGGUGGUCUGCGACCGAUGUCCAGACGGUUAUUCCGGGUCUCUGUGCGACAGAUGUGAUAAUGGAUAUUUCGGGUCUCCUCGGGACGUGGGUGGUUUGUGUCGUCCGUGUUCCUGCAGUGGGAAUUUGGAUCUCUCUGUGGCCCGUAGCUGUGACCCGCUAACAGGGGCGUGUCUUCACUGCCGCCGCGGUUACGCAGGACCAAACUGCGAAACCUGCGCAGACGGUUACUAUGGAGACGCCGUAGGGGCCAAGAACUGCCAACUGUGUGAGUGUAACAGUAAUGGCUCUGUAUCGGAGGUGUGUAAUAAGGAAAGCGGACAGUGUCAAUGUCUCCAACGUGUCCUGGGGCGAGCAUGUGACCAGUGUAGUCCAGGGACACACAUGCAGGCAGGUAGUGGGUGUGUCCCAUGUCACUGUAACUCAUUCGGCUCAAAAUCGUUCGACUGCAGCGAGAGCGGUCAGUGCCGCUGUCAGCCCGGAGUCACGGGACAGAAGUGUGACCGCUGCUCUCAUGGACACUUCAACUUCCAGGAAGGAGGGUGCACACCGUGUGAGUGUUCUCAUGUAGGGAAUAACUGUGACCCGGGAACAGGGCGCUGUCUCUGUCCUCUCAACACGGUGGGAGAUCGAUGUGAGAAAUGUGCCCCCAAUCACUGGGGUCACGACAUCGCCACCGGCUGCAAGGCGUGUGGAUGUCACGUGACGGGCGCAGUCACGCAGCAGUGUAACGUGAACACGGGAUGUUGUUUUUGUCGGGACGAGUUCAAGGGCGAGAAAUGCAACGAGUGUAAACUGGGAUACAGGAACUUCCCGCACUGCGUCUCCUGCGACUGCUCGCUGUCCGGCUCCAACGCCGAGACCUGCGACCCCGAAUCCGGAGUGUGUGCGUGCGCUGAGAGGACCGGCCAGUGUUCCUGCAGGAUGAACGUGGAGGGUCUGAGGUGUGAGAUGUGUAAGUUUGGGACGUUCGGUCUUAGCGAAAGAAAUCCUCUCGGCUGCAGUCGCUGCUAUUGUUUCGGCCUGAGUACAAGCUGCACCGAGGCCAAGGGUCUGAUCCGGAUGAGGCUGACUCUCAUGCCGGAACAGAAGGUGCUCCCCCUAGUGGACAAAGACAACAGCAAGGAGAUUACAUUUGGAGUAACAUUUCAGUAUCCGGAAAUCAUCGCUAACGCCGAGGUGGUCGGACAGGAACUCGAGGAGCCAUACUACUGGAAGCUCCCGAAACAGUUCCGAGGCUCCAUGAUAACUGCGUACGGAGGGAAACUGAAGUACACCGUUUAUUACGAAGCUCGUGAUGAAACAGGCCACGCCUCCUACGAGCCACAGGUCAUCAUUAGGGGUGGAGCGACCAGGGACAAAGUCAUGAUACGCCACAUGGUGGAGCCACAGAUCGGUCAACUGACCCGUCAUGAGAUUGACAUGACGGAGCACGAGUGGAAGCACCACGACAGCAAACCGAUGAGCCGCGAGGAUUUUAUGGACAUUCUGUUCCACAUCGAGAACGUUUUCAUCAGAGCUUCACAUGGGAACGUCAUGAGACAAAGCCGGAUCUCCGAGAUUUCUCUGGAGGUUGCAGAAGAGGGUCGGCCGUCGGUGGAGAGUGAACGAGCUCAUCAGAUCGAGAAGUGCGAGUGUCCCACUGGAUACUCCGGCCUCUCCUGUGAGGAGUGUGCAGCCGGCUUCUACAGGUUGUCCUCACGUGUCUCCGUCUCCAGGUUCAGGUCUGGAAUGGGCAGCUGUGUUCGGUGUGAGUGUAACGGCCACAGCGUCUCCUGUGACCCAGACACCGGCGUCUGCCAGAACUGUCAACACAACACAGAAGGAGAGAAGUGUGAGAGAUGUUCUGCCGGUUUUUACGGUGUGGUUCGUGGUUCUCCGGACGAUUGCAAACCCUGUGCAUGUCCUCUCAGCAACCCUGAAAACAAUUUCAGUCCUUCCUGUGUAACGGAGGGUUUUAGCGACUAUCGCUGCACCGCCUGUCCUGAAGGCUAUAUUGGAAAGUACUGUGAGAGGUGUGCGACUGGUUACCAUGGUGACCCCCGGCGAGCAGGCGGGCGCUGUGAGGAGUGUGAGUGUGACCUGGUUGGCGCGUUGCCUGUUCCGUGUGACACACACACGGGCGCGUGUCGGUGCCGACCCGGAGCUACGGGCCUGAAGUGUGACCGGUGCAUGGAGAAGCAUGUGUGUGGACCAGCGGGCAUCGUGUCGUGUGAUGAUGACUGUGCUGGGCUUCUAAUCAGAGACAUGGAUCAGUUGCUACGACUGAUUAGCGGUGCGAAUCUGACACUGCCCCUCCCCCCACCAUAUGGAGCACUGUACCGCGUCGAGAACAUGACCGACGAGCUCAAGCACAUGUUAUCCCCCCAUCGAGCUCCGGAGAGACUCCUGCAGUUGGCCGACAGUAAUCUUGGCAGCCUGGUCACUGAGAUGGACGAGUUACUGAGCAGGGCUAACAAGGUGUCCGCCGACGGAGAACAGACGGACUCGGACGCAGAGAGGAGUCACAAACGAGCCCAAGAUCUCGAGCAGUUUGUUAAGAACACACUCCUCGCCGCUGAAGCGCUGCGUGAUAAAGCUCGUGAGCUGAACGCUACGUUGGGUCGGAGGGACGACGGUGUGGAGAAAAGCGUGAAUGAGAUGCAGGACGAGAUCAAGGCCAUGAUGAAUGAACUCCGCUCACGCCAACUUACACACCCACACACACACACCGUCCAGGAGGAACUCAGGGCUGCUCAGGAUCUCCUGCUGAAGGUUCAGCGCGGUUUCGCGGCUCCUCACCGUGUCUCGGAGGAGCUGCAGCAGGAGGUCUCAUCCAAACUGCGAGACCACGACGACAAACUGCAAGGAGCUCAAGAGCUGCUGGAGGAGGCGCAGAACAACAUUGGGAACGCUCGAACCCUGAACAGCGACAACCUGCGCAGACUGGAGGAAGUGCAGAGAAAGAGGAACGAGAGCAGUAAAAAGAAAAAGGAGACAGAGGGAAUCCUAGAGGACGGAGAGAAGAUACUGAACGAAGCCAACGCUCUCUCAGACGACAUCAACCGCGGCACUGAGGAGUUAGAGGAGAUGAAGCGAGAUCUCGGACCCCUGCAUGAUCAACUCGACUACAGAGUGUCUCGCUUGGCUCAAGUCGUGGAGGAUGACAAGCUAAAAGAUCUAGUGCUCCGAGCCGAGAACCAUGCCGCCCAGCUCAACGACUCUGCUACCAUACUGGACAGGUCAUCCUGGCCGGCUAAGAACCUCUCCUUCAAUGCCACGGCCGCAUUCAACGCCUACAGCAACAUCAAGAACUACAUUGACGAGGCGGAUAAAGCGGCCAAGCAGGCGAAAGCAACAGCUACGGAGGCUGUGCAGCUGGCCACGGGACCUAGAGGUGCUCUGAAAGAUGAAGCGAAGAUCUCGUUGCAGAAAAGCCAGCGUCUUUGGAAUGAGGCUAAGAACCUGGAGAACGUUGUGAAAGACAACGGAGAUAAUCUGGGAGUUCUGCAGCAACGGCUCAAAAGCGCCGAUGCCAAGAACAAAGAGCUGCUGAAGGGCCUGGACGAAAAUCUGGCAGUGCUCCGAGCCAUCCCCAACGACACGGCGGCAAAGCUCAUGGCCACGAAGCAGAAAGCGAGCAAAGCGAACGACACGGCCAUCGAGGUUCUGGCUCGGCUCAAAGACAUGAACCAGAACCUGAUGGGCCUGAAUCGGAACUUCAGCACACUGAAGGAUGACAUCAACAAAGCCAACAAUCUCAUCCAAGACCCCGAGAAAAACACGAUAAUCCACGCAGCCGGCGCUAAAGUGAAGGAUCUGGAGGAUGAAGCUGAGCGCCUGCUGGAGAAGCUGAAGCCGAUCCGUGAGCUGCAGGACAACCUGCGCAAGAACAUCUCUCAGAUUAAGGAGCUCAUUAACCAGGCUCGCAAACAGGCCAACUCUAUCAAGGUGUCCGUGUCGUCCGGGGGAGACUGCAUUCGCACCUACAGGCCAGACAUCAAAAAAGGCCGCUACAACACCAUCGUCCUGAACGUGAAGACCCUCGCCGCCGACAACCUGCUCUUUUACCUCGGCUCGGCCAAAUUCGUGGACUUCCUGGCGAUCGAGAUGAGGAAGGGAAUGAACUUCCUGUGGGAUGUGGGGUCAGGGGUCGGUCGAGUGGAGUAUCCCGAUCUCACUAUUAAUGAUGGAAACUGGCACCGAAUUGAAGCCUCGCGAGUGGGUCUAAAUGGCAGUGUGUCUGUUCGGCCCCUUGAGGGCCCCAAAGCGGGCAUUGCACCCACCUGGCAGAGCGCCAAGUCUCCUGAGAGCUACACAGUGCUGGAUGUGGAUCAGAACGCUUACCUGUUCGUAGGAGGAAUGCUGGGCAGUGUCAAGAAAGCAGAUGCGGUGAAGACCAUCACCUUCUCCGGCUGUAUGGGAGAGACUUACCUGGACAGUAAACCAAUCGGAUUGUGGAACUACAGGGAAAGAGGUGGAGACUGUAAAGGAUGUGUGGUCAGUCCUCAGCCUGCCGACUCCGAAACCGUGGUGCAGUUCGACGGUGAUGGCUACGCUGCCGUCAGUCGUCCGACGCGAUGGAACCCCAACGCUUCAACGGUGACCUUCAAAUUCCGCACGUUCUCCACCAGCGCUGUGUUGAUGUAUCUUGCCACCAAGGACAUGAAAGACUUCCUGAGCUGUGAGCUGAGUGAAGGUCGUGUGAAGGUCAGCUACGAUCUCGGUUCAGGGACUGGUUCCGCACUCAGCCAUAAACGCCACAACGACGGACGAUGGAAAUCACUCACCAUGACUCGCUCGAAAAAAAAAGGCACUUUGACCAUCCUGGACAUAGACACCAACGAGGAGGAGAAACUUUUCAUAGACUCUCAGGGAGGAGCAACAGGGCUUAACCUGAAGGAGGAUGAGAGGAUCUACUUUGGUGGUUUACCCACCAUCGGGAACUACAGGCCUGAGGUGACCCAGAGGAGAUACUCCGGGUGUAUGAAGGACAUUGAAGUAUCCCGAACGCCAUACAACAUCCUAAGUAGUUCCGACUACACUGGAAUAAGCAAAGGAUGCAGCAUUGAGAACGUCCACACGGUCAGUUUCUCCAGGCCCGGCUAUGUGGAGUUGAAUCCGAUGGUGUUGGACAUUAGUUCGGAGAUUACACUGUCCUUCAGCACCAAGAAAGAGAACGGAAUCAUCCUAUAUGGCCGGGGUGGAUUGACCACCCUGACCCACAGCUCACAGAGCAUCCAGAACCGCAACCUCGGCCGCAAGCGCAGGCAGACCGGAGAGCCGUACGUGUCAGUCCAGUUGAUUAAAGGAUCUCUGGAGGUGCUGGUGUUCAGUGGCAGUAAGAACCCACGUCGCGCCAUUAGAAAACCUGACGAAGUGAUUUUACAUGAUGGACUUGAGCACUCACUGCGCAUCCGCCGCCACUCAGGAGGCUCAUUCUCAGUGCAGGUGGAUGAAGAGGACCGAAUAGAGCAGGCACUACCCAAUGAUCAGCCAAUCAUAAUCCAGAGGCUGUUUGUGGGCGGAAUUCCAGCUGACAUGGCUGGAGGCCUGCAGAGACCCGGCCGGCCGUUUGAGGGCUGCAUCUGGAACCUUCUGAUCAACACCAUCCCGAUGGACUUCUCGCAGCCGGUGGCCUUCGAAAACGCCGAAAUCGGGCGGUGUCCUGACGUCGCCCCACCUCUUCGACCUCCACCGCCACCACCAGGUGCAGAAAAAGAGGAGGAAAAAGAGGACGAGGAGAAGGAAGUAACCCCGCCCAAAUUACCCACUUAUACAGUGAGGCCACCGGCUCCACCUUCUACGGCCACGCCUCCUGCUGAUGUCAUCACCGUUCCUGCCGUGCCCAUCGAUGUCCAUGAACCAUCGGUCUCCUGUGCGGUGGGGGCGGAGCCUGAGGUCCUGGAUUUAGCGAAGCAGUUCGGUCUCUCGAGGAACAGCCAUAUGGAGUUUGAGUUUGACGACCGGAAGGUGAAGAACAGCCUGAUUAUAGAGUUCGAGUUGAGGACUGAGGCAGAUUCGGGGCUGGUGUUCUACAUGGCCAGAAUAAAUCACGCUGACUUCGCCACGGUGCAGGUGAAGGAGGGGAUGGCUCACCUAAGCUUCGACCUCGGCAGCGGCAACACGUCCGUCAGCGUCCCCCGUAUCAUCAACGACGGCCACUGGCACAAGAUUAAAGUGCUUAGGGAUAAACAGAGGGGAAUCCUGACUGUAGACGGACGUUACAUCAAACACACCGUGAGUCCGAAGAAAGCUGACAUCCUGGACGUGGUGGGGAAGCUGUACGUCGGGGGUCUUCCUCUAAACUACACCACCAAGCGCAUAGGACCGGUGGUGUACAGCAUUAACGGCUGCAUCAGAAACUUCCGUAUGACGAACGGGCCUCAGGAUCUGGACCAUCCGAGCUCCAGUUACCGCGUGGGCUCGUGCUUUACCAGCGUGCAGAGCGGCUCGUACUUCAGCGGCACGGGCUACGCUAAAGCAGUGAGCACCUACAGAGUGGGGAACGAGGUGACGGUGGCGCUGGAGUUCCGCACCAGCACCGCUACUGGAGUUCUGCUCGGCGUCAGCGGCCAGACGAUGGACGGCCUCGGCAUCGAACUCAUCAACGGCAAGCUCCUCUUCCAUGCGGAUAACGGAGUGGGGCGUGUCACGGCAACCUCCCAGGGGGCGGGGCUCUGUGACGGCCAAUGGCAUUCGGUCACCGCCCAUAAACUGAAGCACCGUCUCGAGCUUAUUGUUGACGGACAAAAAUCGGAAGCAGCCAGUCCGGACGCUAGCUCCGCCUCCGCCGACACAAACGACCCCGUCUUUGUGGGCGGAUACCCAGAGGGCCUGAAGCAGUUCGGCCUGACCACCAGCGCCCCCUUUAAAGGCUGCAUGAGGAACAUAAAGCUCAUUAAAGCGGGAAAGGUCCUGGAGGUUCAGCUCAACAAAGCGACAGAGAUUACUGGGGUCCAGCCUCUUACAUGUCCCGCUGCCUAGACACACACACACACACACACACAUACACACACACACACACACACACACACACACACACACUAACCAUUUGUCUAUAUCUACAUGAAGAACCACCAAAGAAACCCAAAGCAGUGGAAGAAAUGGACCCAAACCAAAAUAACACACAUUUGAUUUUCAGGGUCUUGAUGUUCUCCAUGUUCUCCAUCUUUUCCUGUCAUGCUUCUAUGCUUUUUUAACGAACCAAUCCCAGCGUCAAGGGUUUGUGUAGCGAUAGACGACUUUCUUACAGUACUGAAGCGUCAUUUUCAGGAGACUUGUACUUUUCCUGACUAUAAAUAAAAACCACUGUUCCUCAUGA